AGAAUGCAGCGACGGAUGUAGUGCUCGGCGGCUGUUUUCUUCGUCCUUGGUUGCUGAGUGAGCUGUUUGGCGUUUUACAGUAAGGUUAUGAAAAAGCUGCCAGUGAUUGUAAAACAGUGUAGUUAAAACGGCAGAAAACGCGUCGCUUGCAUCCUGUUAUGUAAUUUUCAUUGCAGGAGUCUCAUUCAUACCAGUUAAAGUUGGAUUCAACAUCUAGCUAUGAGUGCUCCAAACUCACAGGAGAGGCGAGCCUGCUGGAGCGCUCGAGAUGAAUAUUGGAAGUGCCUGGACUACAACCAGAACGAUGUCACCACUUGCGAGAAAUACAAGAAAGAGUUUGAGAUGAAUUGUCCUGCGCAGUGGGUGAAGUACUUUAACAAACGAAGGGACUUUCUGAAGUACAAGGAGAAGAUUGAGAAAGAGGGAUAUGAACCUGCUGAGGGGGCACCAAACUUAUAGAACAUAGGACAUAGGAAUCGACACUGGAGGCUGGAUUUUUUCUGCUGUGGUCUCUGAUUACAGUACCUUCAGAAGUCUUAUACGGCAUGCGUGUCCUAAGUCAGUAUGCGUAAUGCCGCAGCACCACUUCAAAAUCAGUGACUCUGUUAGUAGCUGACACAGUGGUGUGUGACUUAUGCAAAAAUAAAGCCUUAAGGAUGUAGAAAGAUGGAAAAGCAGAGGCUCUAGCAUUGAACAUGCUGAUAACAUUAUUGAUACAGGGUGUGAUCAAACAGACAAAACUUGUGGUAUUAUUUUAUUUUGGUUUUGUAAAUGUGUUUUGUGUUUGUUGAAAAUAAAUGGAAUAUUUUACAGAGA